CAAUUACCAAUUACCAACUUCAAAACUUUGUUACAGGUGCUUUGGGCCCUUUACAUCGUUAUUACAACGUCACCAAGUCAACCAUCUCACUGAAAGAGAGUCUGGCAAACAAGACCACAGCAUUUGGCCCAGAAGGAGCUAAAAUGAACGGCAUGGUUUUGGGACUCUCACAUCACCUGCCGCGCUUCAUGGAGUCAGACAACAAAGGUUUCCAGCCCUGGAGAGACUACAUAGGACUGUCGGACACAAUCAGAGAUAUCCUGGGUCGGCACACGGCCACUGAGUCCCCACUGCCGGCCUCCAGAGCUGCACACUCCCAGUCUGAUGAGCUGAGCCAGGCACUGAUGUCCGUGCGUAUUAACGCAGCGUGCCAAAGCAGCGACCCCGGGCCAGACUGUGCACCACCGCAUCUCUCCGGUGAUCCACGUCCACCUGGAGGUGUGUGGUACUCUGCAGACCAUGCACAGGAAGAUUCAAAGCUGCUGCCCGGACCGACAAGCCGCAAGAAACCCACUCGUUUCAAAACACCGGAUCCGCCAAUGUCUGCGUCAGCCGAGCGCAUGUUCUGCAGCUUCUGCAAACACAACGGGGAGUCCGAGCUGGUGUGCGGGUCGCACUGGCUGAAGAACCAGGCUGGAGAUGUGUUGUGUCCAUAUCUGCGGCAGUAUGUGUGUCCUCUGUGCGGGGCCACGGGGGCCAAAGCUCACACCAAGCGCUUCUGUCCCAAGGUUGACCGGGCCUACAGCUCCGUGUACGCCAAGUGCAGACGCUGAACCAUCAGGUAGCACCAGGACACAGAAGGCUGAAUCCUCCUCCACCUCCACCGAUGAGGCUUUGUUUAUUGCCACGUUAAUGUGUGUGUUUGUGUUUGUGUGUGUGUGUGUGUGUUUGGUUUUCAUUUGCAUGCUUUGGCACGUUUUUCCCGUGUGGCCUUCUGUGAUGCUGAUUGGAGUUAUUUUCCAGCUGGUCCUUUUUGUCGUCCUAGCCUUCUCUUACAGCGUCCCUUUAUAUUUUGUAUAAUGUUCUUUCAAUAACGACUGCCAGAUAUUAUGUUUGGGAGGAGAGGAAGAGAAAAAAAAAACAUGUUUCAAAGGAAAAUGUAUGUUUGUUUUACAUAUUUUUAAAACGUGGCCACCUGAUGUCCAGUUUCAUAUCUCCUGUCCAUGCAUUGAAGAAUUAUAACACUAUAUCAAAACCUUUCUGAGACGUCCAGUCAUCAGUAAUAACUUUACUACAGCAUAUAGGCUAAACAUCAUGUGACCAUGUCCCAUUUUAACAUUUUAAUAUAUGAGUGACUUGUUCUUGUUCUGAGGUGUUGAACAAAUACCUGUUCCUGAGGCAUGUUAUUUUAUUUUGAAUAUUGUACCUGAGGCUUUUCUAAAAAAAAAUGCCAUGUCAGCUAAUCACUUUGUGGAAAAAAAAAUGUGUGAAAUUAUUGUAUAUCUUGAAGUUAUAAAUAUCUAAAUUG